GGGGCCUCAGGGCGGUCAUCGGGCAGCCCCCGUGUGGACGCGGGGUCGGGCAGAGCCGUUUGCCUCAGCACGCGGCGCCAGGCGAGCUUUUUGGGGGAAAAACCUGCAUUUUUGAAGGUUUGCAACCAGCGUUGGUUCAUCACCCCCCGGCUCCGACCCCCGGUGCUUGCAGAGGCCGGCGGUGCGGUCAGGGCCUGCCAAGAACAAGAUGCCUUUUGGGCUCCGGAUGAAGCCGCCCUGAGGGCGCUGGCGGAGACCCUGAAGCAGCACAGCAUCGACCACGAAGUGUGGACGGAGCAGCCCGAGAACACGGCCACCUGCCUGGCGCUCAGGCCCUACCCGAAGGACCAAGUGCACCAGCACCUGAAGAAAUUUAAAUUGCUGAAGUGACCGCGGCGGUGACGGCUCUCCUCCUGGGCCGGAGCCGAGCUCAGCCCCGGACAGGCGCCGGGAGGAAAGCUGCCGUGUCUCGGGAGCGCUGUGCUAAUGCUCAGCAGCAGGUAGCCUCCUCCUCCUUGCGUGGUGAUAGCGGUUACGGAGUGUGAAACGGUUCUUUGGCGGGGUGGAUUA